CUUUGUCCUCAAUAUUCAGCCUCGAAUCAAAUUAAUAACAAUGGCCGUCGUAGUUGGCUGUCAUUCGGAGGUAUACCCGGAUUAUGUGAUGGUGAGAAACGUGUGGCGAGUGGCAUUCGCUGCCGAUCGGUCAGAGUGAUUAUACCACGAAUGAAAUCAACGUGACGUGUACUGCUGUAAAGGAUGAUUUUCUAGUGGGUAGUUGAAUCGUGGUGUCAACUAGAGUGACCACGGAUGACCAGCUGACAAUGUUUUGUCAUUAGCAUAAUUUAGUGCUUAGCGAGCGUUCGCGGUAAAUCAAGGAUGUUUAAAGCUGAGGAGCCGUCUAGAGACAGCUUCCUUCAGCAAAUGAAGGCCGCUAGGGAAGAAAGGGCUCAUGAGAAAGACAGAGAAGCUGCUGUCAUCUUAAUUCAGGCUUAUGUUAGGGGAUGGUUGACCCGUAAAAGAAUAUUAGAAGAAUUUGACACAAAUUUUCUCAAUGAUGGUGGUACAGAAACAAAUAUAAAGUUAAAACCUGCUUUGGAUGUGUAUAAAAUUAUUUUUAAAUUUUUGUACAUAUAUAAAAAAGAAAAAGUUCAAGAAAGAAUAGAAAAGUUAUGUAGAUAUUUAGUACUGACUCUAGAUUCAGAGUCUCCAGAAAUUUCUUAUGUGGGACUCGUAUUAAACAAAGAUCGCUACAUAUCAUGGAUAUCACAGAUGAAAACGAUAUUACUUUAUUGCCUGACUGGUUUAGACAAUCUUAAACCAGAAAGAGUAUCUGACCAUAAAUCCAUCCAUUUGAGAUUACAUACAUUAGUUAGUUUUACAUCACCAGGAACAUGGGCAAUUCAGAAAGUGGAAGGAAUGGAGAAACUCAAAGCUGGUAUGAACCAGCUUUGUGCCAAUAUAAUGGGCCACCUAGUCAACAAUGGGUUUUAUCCCAUUAUGCAAGCUUUUCUAAUAAAAGGAUUACGUAGAGCGGAAAUUUCUUUAAAACCAAUUGCACUUUCAGCAUCAGUUACAUUGGCAUUAAGACCAUUAAUCUCCUCCCAGAUGUCAGAUAAAUUGGUUUCAUUGUUUUUAAUUAAUAUUUUUAGCGUACCUGCAUUGAUUUAUCAUCUGAAUAAUAUAUCAUCAGUAUGUAUUUCAUCAUUUAUUACAAACAAUUUGUUUGCAAGAAGUUUGGAAUUGCUGAACUCUGAGCAAAAUUUGAGAAUAGUUUUUAAUGCUUUGGAAGGUAGCUAUGCACUGUGUUUGUUAGCUAAUUUAAUACAAUUGGCUAAUAUUGAAAGAGAUGAAGUAUUAAAAGAGUUAUACUUUCCAUCUUUUACGUUUGUUGUAACAAAAAUGUUGGAAGCAUGUCAGCAAUAUGUAGUUGCAAAACAAAGUAAUUUAACACACUGGCAUCCUAUUCUUGGUUGGCUUGCACAGAAGGUUGAUACAUCCUUACAAGAACCUAUCCCAUAUGUGAAAUCACAGUUAGCCUGUUUGUGGACUGGAAGAAUAGUUUCACAACUGAUUGGGCAACCUUUAACAGAACUUAUUGAAAAAGAGAUACCUCCAUCAGUAGACCAACAAAGUACAUCUGUUGGUACUAACAUAUUUAGAAGGGCGUUUUUAGAAGCACGUACAAAUAGGAACAAUAAUACGAAAAAUUAUAGAAAAUUGGGAAGUCCAGAAACUACUAGGAUAGCUUUAAUAUGUUCUCUGUAUCAAAUUGCUCUACAUACACUUACACAGAUGAAGAUGGAGAUAUUAACUGGUCUAUGUUAUCAAGAUAAAAUUUUAUAUCAUAUGUAUUUAUUUUUGGGAACACUGGGUCCACAUUGCGGUCUAAAAGCAUUUUUGGACCACUUAGCUGCUAAUACAAAAUGUACAGCACCUGAAUUUCAAAUGUUGAUAUUAUUUUCUGAUUGUAUGACACAUUAUGUUACAAUUUUAGAUGAUAUGGAAAUGUAUGAACAACAAGAUCCUUUCAAACUUAGCGAUUUUGUAACGAUAUCCUACUUUUUAAAUCAAUUUUUAUAUAAGGCAGUGCUUAAUAAUUUGUUUGAUGUUCCAGACGUGAAAUCGGUUCCUAAUAAUCCUCUGUUCACCUCUCUUCACACUCUUUUAAUGGCAAUUUAUCGACGAGAUUGUAGACGGACUUUUUGUCCGGAAGGGCACUGGUUGGCAAAGUUAAUACGAGUGUCUGGUUUUUUGGCAGAUUUGGAGAAAGGCAGGCGAGGUGCUGCUCUUCUUCUUUCUAAAAUGCCUCAUGUUAUUCCUCACUCGGAACGUGUCGUACUGUUCCGUAAGCAUGUUGCUAACGAAAAAGCAGUUCUAGGUUUAACCGAAAGUGCUUGCAACAGUACACCGACAACACUUAUUGUUGUUCACAGGACACGUAUAGUGGAGGACGGAUAUCGCCAAUUAGCAAUGUUACCUUCUCAGGCACUUAAAGGCGUAAUCAGAGUUCGUUUUGUAAAUGAGCAAGGUCUAGCUGAAGCUGGUAUUGAUCAAGAUGGAGUCUUCAAAGAAUUUUUAGAGGAGACAAUAAAAAAAGUUUUUGAUCCAUCUUUAAAUUUAUUUAAAGUCACUAGUGAAAAUCGACUUUAUCCAUCUCCAACAUCCUCCAUGCAAGACAAUCACUUGCAACUUUUUGAAUUUGUUGGUCGCAUGCUGGGUAAAGCCGUGUAUGAAGGCAUUGUUGUAGACGUACCUUUUGCAUCCUUCUUUGUUUCCCAAUUUUCUGGGCAAACUGGAGGUGCAUUAUACAGUUGGUUGGAUGAAUUGGCUUCUUUAGAUCGAGACUUAUAUCGGAGUCUUACUCUUGUAAAGCAUUAUAAAGGUGAUGUUAGACAAUUAGAAUUAACAUUCUCCCUUGAUGAAGACGUUUUAGGCAAAUUAGUUACGCAUGAAUUGAUUCCUGGAGGACGAGCGGUACCCGUUACUAACGAAAAUAAAAUCAAUUAUAUACACUUAAUGGCACAUUUCAGAAUGCAUAUGCAAAUAAAAGAUCAAACAGCCGCUUUUAUCAAAGGAUUUCGUUCUAUAAUCAAUCCCGAAUGGUUGGCGCUGUUUUCAACUCCAGAAUUACAGAGAUUAAUUUCGGGUGAUAAUGUUCCAUUAGAUUUACGAGAUUUGCGAAGGCAUACGCAAUAUUAUGGUGGUUUUCAUGAUAGUCAUCGUGUGGUGUGCUGGUUAUGGGAUAUUUUAGAAAAAGAUUUUUCUGAAGAAGAAAGAGGCUUAUUUUUGAAGUUUGUUACAAGCUGCUCAAAGUCACCAUUAUUGGGUUUCGCACAUUUAGAACCACCAUUUUCAAUUCGUUGCGUUGAAGUUGGAGACGAUGAAGAUACGGGAGAUACAAUUGGUAGUGUAAUACGGGGAUUUUUUACGAUUCGUAAGAAAGAUCCGCAGAAUCGUUUACCUACGUCGUCUACGUGUUUUAAUCUUCUUAAAUUGCCAAAUUAUCAAAAAAAAAGUACCUUGCGGGAGAAGCUACGUUAUGCUGUCACUAGUAAUACGGGCUUCGAACUUUCGUAAUUUACAACCGAUUUAAGGUAACUUCGAUGUAUAUCGUCGCUCGAAAUACCUAACAAAAAUUUCUAUAAGUGAUUGAGUGGUGCCUGACCGCCGCGAUCAAAAAAUUGUCUGGCGAGAUGUUUCCAAUAAUUUACAUCGCGAAAUUUAAAUCGAAUAAAAUCUGAACUCGCAUAUAUGUUAUUUGUAAAACGAAAGUUAAAAAAAAAAAACAAAAAACCAAACGAAAUUAAAUCGAAAAUUCGCACAAAUUUUAUGCGACAUUAGCGUUUGAGUUAUUACUUUCGUUAUUAUUUUAUCGUUAUAUUUUUACAUGAAAAAAAUCGUCAAUAUUCUUAUGAUUCAACUUUACUCGAGGCUGAUUUCGAAUUGUAAUAACAAAUGAGCUACUUUCACGCACUUCCGGAAAAUUUCACGUGAUUCAUCUUGCAUGCUUAUACAAAUUUCGUUACAUAUUUUAUUUUACGUGUAGAUCGUAUUAUGUAUCGGAUAUACUUUGUAACUCUUAUACGAGCUUUCAAAUUUCAUUCUAUACAACCUCUCGCCAAAUGGUAGAUUAUUUAUGGUGUAAAGCACACUAUACCUCAUGAGCUUAAUAUUGCUAAUACUGUGCGCUUGUUAGUUUAUAGUACCGUGAAUUAAUGUUAGUCUAUUAAAUCGGUAAAUCGGCACGACACGAAUGUCAUGUCCGAGCCCAUCGGUGCCCGGUGAAUA